AUGUUGUCCGAGAAGUUGUCAAUGGAAGGAAUGGGUCAGGAGGCCGAAGUUCAAGUCGUUGAAAAUCCACUAAUUGGCCCCGAGAAGAUUGGAAAAGAAGCCCUUGAUGUGGAUCUUGAAGUGAAAUGUACUAAACGGCGAUCGAUUCCCAUUAACAAAAUAAAAUCGAUGCCUCCAGUCAACAGUAAACACGAAUGGCCGUAUCCGGUGGCGAAGAACUUCCCUGGGCGAUUUGAGAGGUUCUCCUACAGAACUUAUAAUUGGUUCGAGAACCGAUUAUGGCCUGUCAGACCUCUUCCCUUCUUGACAGCUACGGUAGCAGCCACGGCGUUUCAAGUCAGAGAUCUGGGAGUUGAAGGAGUAGGAGAGGAUGUACAGAAAGUGAGUAUCAUUGAGAUUGCAUUGUCUGAAGAUCAAGAUAAAGACAGAAGACAUCUUUUGAAACCUCUUGCCAUUUCCAUCGGAUCCAUCUACACAACUGUCUUCCUCCUCCGACACAUUCUCAAAUACACGUACUUUUCCUAUAAAGGAUAUAUGUUCGAGAACUCCAAGAAACCAUCCAUCACCACUAUGAUCUGGGGUCUUCUUCGGAAAGUUCUUCUCUACCAGGCACCUCCUCAACUCUCAUCUUGUGAUCGUCUUCUCCCGAAUCUUCCGUUACCAGCCCUCCAGGAUACUGUAGACCGUUACAUGGAAUCUAUGAAACACUUCAUGCCAGAGAAAGACUAUGCGAAACUGCUCGAGAUGUCACGCGAGUUCGUUGCCAAUGAGGGACGGAGUCUACAGAGAUACGCAUGGAUCCUUCACAAAUUCACAGAUUGUUAUGUGACAUCGUUAUGGGAGAAGUACAUUUAUAUGGCUGGAAGAUAUCCACUUUUGAUAAAUAGCAGUGUAGCACAGUGUACAAUGUAUGGACCAAGUGAUCUGAUUCAAGCUUAUCAGGUGGCAAGAUUACUAUAUAUUGAGACAAUUGCCAACUUGGCAUUGGAUAGACAAAAGUAUAUGGCUGUUGGAGACGGUAUCAUGUCCACUCGUCACUACAAGAACAUUUACAACGGGUGUCGCAUCCCUGGGAAGAAUUACGACCAUUUCAAGUGGAAUAAACCAGCGAAACAUGUUAUUUUGGUUCAUGAUUGCACAUGGUACAAGGUUGAUAUCUGCGAUUCCAAUGGCAACAUGUAUACUGUUGAUCAAUUGGCCAAAAUUGUGGCAGAAUUGAUGGGAAGAGAUGAUAAAUCAGCUGGUUUCCUACGCAAAAUUGCCAGUCUCACUACUGAUCGAAGAACUGAAUGGUGUGCCAACCGACAGAAGUUCUUCCUCGAGAACAAACAUAACCGUCAUCUUCUGGAACUUAUCGAGUCGGCACAGUUUGUGAUGUCGGUUGAUGGAGAUUUGAAUUGGGGUGUAGAAUCGACGGAACAGUUGUCCAAGUACAUGAAAGACAUGCUGGCUGGAUCGGGAUCGAAUCGUUGGGUCGACAAGACAAUGAACUAUGCAGUGGAUGCUAGUGGACGUGCGGGAGCAACUGGAGAGCACUCACCUUGUGAUGGAGCAGAGUUGGAUCAUUUGUGUGAAAAUGUAUUGAAUGUGGACAAGCAAGUUCUGGUGUCUCCAAGUACCGAGAAGCAAUUGGAGAUCAUCAAAAUGAGUACGGAAGAGAAGAAGACGUUGAAGUUUGCUGAGAAAUUGGAUUUCCAAGAAGUAGAUGGAAUGGAAUCUGAAAUUAACAGAUGCUUCGAUCAACACCAAAAAGCUUCAGACGACCUCCACAUGCAUUCUUUGGCGUUCACAGAUUUCGGAAAGGGGCGUGUCAAGAAAUGCGGAAUUUCACCAGACGGAUUUUUGCAGAUGGCUAUCCAACUUGCUAACUACUAUGACCAAGGACAAUUCGUGCUGACUUAUGAGCCAGGAUCAGUCCGCUUUUACGCUAACACUCGAACAGAGACUCUUCGUCCGGUUACUGAUGCUUCUUGCAAGUUUGUGAAGACGAUGUUGAAUGAGGAAGCAACGCAAAAAGAGAGACGAGAUCUUUUGAAAGAGGCUUGUGAAGCCCACGUAGAGAACUGUAAGGAAGUGAUGACUGGGAAAGGAGUCGAUCGGCAUCUUUUUGUUUUGUGCGUCUUGGCAAAAGGACUUGGUUAUUCUAGUCCGUUCCUUGAGGAUUACGCAAAUCAGAAGUGGCUAUUGAGCACCAGUAAUAUUCCAAACAUGACCAACUCUGUCGAUGAGGACAUUUCUGAGAACAACAUCAUGUUAGGUGCCUCUUUUGGAGCUGUUGCUCAAGAUGGAUAUGGAAUCUGCUAUCGGUUCGCUGGCAAUCGUGCGAUCAUGGUUCACAUUACAUCUUAUCAUUCUUCCCCAGCCACAGACUCUGAUAGAUUUGGACAGCAUCUUCGAGAAGCAAUCCACACUUUGGCUGAUUUGUUCGACGAGGAGCCGAGCAAUAAUAACAUUUCCAAAAAUGUUUGA